AUGUCAUUCGAUGACUUAGUAAAAUUGCAGUGCGACCGCCACGAGACAUUGAAACGAGUUCUUCAAAACUUUAGAAAGGACGCGCAAUCCCGUAAAACGUCAAUUUAUUUUCAAAAACGUUUACAACAGAUCGAUUCGAUCUCAAAGGAGUUUGCUGAGACUCAUAAGAUCAUAAUCUGUGCAGAAGGUUAUUCGGAGUCGUCAUAUUACACCAAUAAUGUGACAUCAGAGUUUGAGGAGCGUUAUAUGGAUGUUUACUGUGCCAUAGCCGAAGCCUUCGAACAAACUCACCCAAAGACCACCGGCGUAUCAACGACACCUAUAGAUGCGUCUGCUCUCGCUGCAAAGGGACAAGUUCAAAUGCCGCAAAUUCCAGUUCCUUCGUUUUCUGGCCAAUGCAUCGACUGGCCGGGUUUCUAUGACGCAUUCACUCGACUAAUCCACGAUAACGCGCAGCUAAAUGAGAUUCAAAAAUUCCAUUUUCUUAAAGAAUCGUUGCCUGAGAGUCGCGAUAACGAUAUUCGCCAAAUGCAAUUAACUGCGGCCAACUACAAUGUCGCAUGGACUACAUUGGUAACACGCUACAAUAACCCUCGCACGGUAUUUUCGCACCACAUGAAUGCACUUUAUAAUAUUUCUACUAUGCAUAAGGAAAAGGGCGAUGAGAUACGACUGAUGCUCAGUACAGUCAAUGUUUGUAUCGCUGCCUUCAAACGCGUCAAUGUUCCAGUUCAACAGUGUGAUCACUGGCUCGCACACUACUUGGCUUCAAAACUACCUAAAGAAACCUACAACGCCUGGGAGCACCACCGAGGCUGCAAAACAGAAGUGCCCUCGUUUGCCGACUUCGAACAAUUUUUGAAUGAUCGACUAGUGACCAUCGACGCUAUAGAGAACCGUAACAUAUUCAGCAACAAGGUUACAUCGAUUCACCCAGGUACAUCCAAACGACUCAACGUUCACAAUGUACAUGCACAGACAGGUCCCCCUAGCGCGCGCUGCUGUCACUGUGGUGGUAGUCAUAUUCUUCGACAGUGCCCAGCAUUUUUGGCAAUGGACUGCCACCAACGCAAGGAAGUUGUAACCAUAGCCAGACUUUGUCUCAAUUGCCUGAGCAAAGCUCAUAUAUUAAUGCGGUGUACUAGUACAAAAGGAUGCCAACAAUGUGGACAACGACACCACACAUUGCUGCAUUAUCCGUCCCAACCACAGACCCGUCCAAUACAAAAUGCUACACUACAAAACACCUCAUCACUGGCAAUCGAACCAGCACUCAAUCUGAACAGCAAUUGCGUAAGACAACAAACUAAACAUGAUAAUUCUAAUCUACAAUGUCUUUCAGCAACCUAUUCAAAUGCAUCACAACGAAGCAUUUUGCUAGCAACGGCACGAGUGAUUAUCUUCAAUCCUGAUAACGGUCUGCAAGCUACCCUCAACGCUCUCAUAGACCAGGGUUCCGAAGCUACGAUAGUCUCCGAACAUGUUGUACAAUCUCUACAUCUAAAACGUCACUCUACACGCACCUCCAUUGCUGGUGUCGGCCAAGGUAAUACAAAUCGGUGCAAGCAUAUUGUCAACUUCGUUCUGCUUACCAGUUCCAAUCCAGAAUUUCGUAUAGAUGUCGAAACAGCAUAUGUUUUAAAUUCUUUGACAUCUUUUUUGCCAAGUCACAACAUUUCUGUCACACGGUGGAAACAUAUCGAAGGGCUGUCGUUGGCAGACCCCCAGUACUACCGGCCAAAGCGGGUAGAUUUGAUAAUAGGCGUUGACCUAAUGGCACAAAUCAUAUUGCCAGGCAUAAAGGUGGGAGCGCCAAACGAACCAAUUGCUCAAAACACUCAACUAGGCUGGAUCUUGUCCGGCAGGACACAGCCCCCACGUGAAGCAACUCAUGUCGUAUGCCAUCAAGCAGUUUUGGACACUGAAUCACUGUUAAAGCAAUUCUGCGAGGCUGAAUCUGUUCCGGAACGCCGACUAAACACAGCUGAGGACGUUUGGUGUGAAACAUUUUUUCAGCAAACGCACAAAAGACAACCAACGGGCAGAUACAUGGUUCGACUGCCAUUAAAAACAAUUUUCGACCCCUCGAUGACCUUAGGUAAAUCGCACCAAAUAGCACUAAACCACUAUCUCCAACUAGAACGCCGUUUAACCAAAACUCCCGAGGCUUGGCAACGUUACAGUGAUGGUAUAAAAUAA